AUGGUUCACUUCUCGACUUCACUUGCCCUUGCUGUCAUGGCUAUAACUCCUGCGCUGGCGGCCCCGAUGGCACCCUCGCGGCAAAGCGAAAACGCACCCUCCGCGGUCCGUUCUGCUGCAUUUCAGAAUUUGGCAGAAGCCUCGAUGGAUAGCCCAUCCGCUUCAACCAACUUCGGCGUUCGAGUGGCCCCGUCUAACUCGAAACGCGGUCUUGAAGAUGGUAUCGAGGCCCGAUUCAGCAUGCAAGGCUGGGGCAAAGCCGGCGCGAACGCAUUCACCGCCGUUACCGAGGCCAUGGAAAUCGGUAAAACGAUAUAUGAUCUGGCCAAACCAAUCCCGAAGCCGCUUCAGCAGCAGAACCAGGGGCCGAACACAAACCAAGGCCCUCAACCGCGUCGAUUCGAAGAUGGCACCGCAAUCGAAGCGAGGCAAGACCCUGGGUCUGGUCGCUCUUCCCGGGGCAAGGCACUCCAGCGGGCCUUCGUCACUCUUGCAGGACUGGGAGGUGUCGGUUUAGGUGCUGCAUCUGCGUGGAAGGCACAUGAAGUCGAAAAGGCUAAAGAAGCCCAACAACGAGAUUAUUGGGAUGGCGACGACGACGUAUUCGUUAGGUAUUCGGUAGGGCAAGGACGACAGUACGACAUGCGGGAUUUGAUCGAAUAUCUUGAUCUUUGGGAACGCGAACUUCAUGCGUAA